AUGCUGCUAUUGGAAAAGAUGAACACAAUGAUAGAAAACAAGUACGCCAAAUCGAACUGGAAGAAAAAGAGGUUCGUUUGGAGGUACAGCUUAUACUUCACUGUUUUUUACAUCUCCCUAUCAUUGGGCAUCUUAUACACGUUAGCAGUUAGACUUAUAAUUUCGUGGGAUACCUACAGUAACCAUUAUUGUCCCUCCUCUACAAUUCUAUCUGUGAAAAGAAUCUACAUGGUGAUCAUCGUAUUUUUGACAUUGAUGGUUUUCUUAAACUUCCUUUUUUCGCGCCUCACAUUUAUCUACUCCAAUUUUACGAAUAGCGAGUUUUUUAACUCAGGGUUCUUUUACGCCCUCGUAGGCUUCAUAAUUAAAUACAUGUCAUGGAUUUUGUCUUUCAUAUACAUCCUCUGGAUCUGCUUCCUCUUUGUAAAUAUGAUGAUAAUAAUUUUUUUGCCGCAAAGGUGGUGUGCCUUCAAAUACAAUAUGUACGGGAUGGACGCGCUCCGCAAUUGCCUCUUGGUUAUGAACCGGGCCACAGGAUGCGAAAUCGACAAAUCACUUUUGAACCUACGGACCAAAGACAGCUGCAACGACUACAACAUUUUAAAGGUGCAAAAUUUUCUGUUCCUUUCUCGAUCAGCUCCAAACGAAGCAUGUACAUUGAAGGAUAAGAAACUGUGCGAAUUUUUUGUCGACUUUAUUAAAAAUAAAAACACCACGUGGACUUCCUUCCCGAACUGCUCUGGAAACACCCUCGACCUUAAGGAAGAGCAUUUCCUCGAAGUGCCCACCCUGAAGAGUGACAUUUACUUACUUUCAAUAUCUGUAAUAUUUCUCUGGUUUAUCACAACCAUAAUUCUCAUUGCCCUUUUCGUAGUUUUGAGGGUGAGCACGCCGAUUGAUUCCUCAUUUGUGGUUAAUGAAGAACGCUUCAACUUUUUUUUCAAGUUUACGCGUUUGAUGGAUGUGUGGAGAUGA